UUCUGCACAAACUGCUGAAACUCAAUACAAUCCGUCCAUGACUUUUUGAGUUAUGCUGUAAACAGACAGACAGACAGACGGACAGACAGACAGAUGGCCUGGCGGAGGUCUGCGCUCUCCGAGUGCUUUUCUAGUUUAAUGUACGUUAGCGCCUCCAUAAAAACACAGUUAGCUGCUGGUCCCCCGUAAAAAAAUACCCGUGUGUGUGCCCUCACCAAAUUCUUUGCUUGCCACCUGGCUUAAAAACUUUUUGGGGGGAAACCCUGUGCUAACUCACCUCUUUUUAGACUUCGAAGCCCAUCCUCCAAAAUACUGCUGGGCAGUGUUGUACCCGAACGCGUUCAAAGAACGAUCGUUCAUGAACUCAUUCAUAUUGUGGGUGAACGUGAACGGCUCGUUCAUUUUUGCAAAAUGAAUGAAAAAUUGUGAACGCGGUCAUUUUGGCAUUUAUUGAACUGUGCUCUUUUGUAGUUCAUAUUUCUUUCUCGCCAAAUUACAAACCUUGUUGACAAAACUCCGCUCAAACAUUAAAAAAACAAAUUACGAUUAUGUAAAAUAUUUUGCGUAAAAAGUACAGAUCUGGCAACCGCUUGCCGCAACGUCAUCACUCUCGUGGCGCGCGCGGGGCACGGACGGAGGAAAGGAUGCAUCCCAAAUAACAGACAGAAUGGAGGACGAAGAAGCCAGCACAAGCUCAGAUGGUGACCCAUUUGGGUAUUUGAAAGAGUUCUACACGAAAGUGAGUACUGACACGGACGGUAGAAACCUAACCUACCACUGUAGACUGUGUCCCCCGGGAUUGAAAAAACAAGUCCGGACAUCGGCUACGUCAGCAGCUAAUCUCAAACGCCACAUAUCUAAAAAGCACGCCACCAGUCUUGCGCGUUAUGAGAGAGUAUGUUCAAACAAAAAAAUCACAACAACAACACCAGUGAGCCAUACAAGCACCGUCUAUCUCCAGACCCAGGCAUCGCCCAGGAGUGCCUGCGGACUUCAUUUACCAAUCUCCCAGCCACUUGUAGAUAACCUAAUUUUGAACUACAUCAUUGCAGAUCUGCAGCCUUUGAGUAAAGUUGAAAGGCCAGCUUUUAUUGACUUAAUUAAAGGUUUGCAGCCAUCCAGAAAGGUACCAUCACGAAAAAAAAUGCAGUCACUGCUAAACAAGAGGUUCCAAGAAAACACUACUGAACUCAAGAUUGCGCUCUCAGAAGUGGAUGCUGUGUGCACAACAGCAGAUUGCUGGUCAGCUGUGAGUAAGUCAUUCAUAGGCGUCACUAUACAUUGGUUAAACAAAAAUGAUGUCUCAGAGAGACACUCUGCAGUGCUGGCAUGCAGGCGAAUCAAAGGAGCCCAUACCUACGAUGUUUUGGCUAAAACGUUGUCAGAUAUUAACAAAGAGUUCAAAAUUCACAACAAGAUUGUUUGCACAGUCACAGACAACGCUUCAAAUUUUGUGAAGGCAUUCAACUGUUUUGCGAUGGAGGUUGCUCAGGAGGACGAUGGUGAAGAAGAGCCAGAGGGUGAGAGAGAAUGUGAUGCUGAUAAUGAGGAAGAAAGUCAACCACACCUGCCCAUUCCUGCCGCCUGUGAGAGCUCAGAUGAAGAAGACCAGAUGGAGCCUGAGCCCCUCUCAGAUUUGAAUCAUCCUUCCCUCCCCCCUCACAGAAGGUGUAUGGCUCACACCUUAAAUCUAGUGGCCAAAGACACAGAGAAAAUAGCUGAUAAACGUUAUAAAUCAAUGUCUGUCACAGUUUUUGGUAAAGCAUGUGCACUGUGGAACAAAGUAAAGCGAAGUUCAAAGGCUUCUGAUAUGGUUGUGGAAAAGCUUGGAAUCAACUUUAUCUCUCCAAAUGACACUCGAUGGAACUCUGUUUUUCUUGCCAUGGAACGUCUCUCUCGCAUUGCAACUCUGACUCAGAAGGUAGAAAUGAAUGAUGCCAGCUCUGAAAGUGACACCACUCACCCGGGUUCCUCCCAUGAUGAGAUGCUUCUGCACACUGUGAGUGAUGAGUUUGGUUUUCGUCGGUUCACACCAGAUGAAGUUGACUUCAUUCACAAUUUUGUGAGUGUGAUGAGACCUUUGGCCCAAGCACUUAACAUUCUACAAGCAGAGAAAAACAUCUUUCUUGGGUACCUCAUUCCAACCAUUGUGCAGCUGCAAAGUCAUAUGAAUGACUUGUUGGAUCAGAGUGCACAAUCCACUGCAGCAGAGGGUGUAAUCACGUGCCGUCCACUGAUUAAGUGCAUUUUGGACUCACUGUCUACAAGGCUAGCAGGUCUUAUGGACAAUAAAGAGAACAUUCUGGCGGCAACACUGAUUCCAAGAUUCAAGCUGGAAUGGGUCGAAGAUGAUGCCAAACGAGUGCAAUACCAAACAAUGCUAAAAAAGGAGUACUCCCAGGCACACUCUGAUGACUCAGAAACAAGAGAGCCAACCAAACAAGGUGAAAAUGAGAAAAAGGAUCUUGCUGCAUCAUUUUUUAAGUUCAGAAAUAACCAGGCCUCUCAGAAAACAGAAGUGGACUCCUUCCUCGAUGCGCCAACCACAGAGGGAUUUGAUGAGUACAAGCUGUAUCCCAAGCUAAAACGACUCUUCAUCAAAUACAACACAGCCCUGCCCUCAAGUGCGCCGGUGGAGAGGCUCUUCAGCAUCGGUGGUCAAAUAUUCAGGCCCAGGAGAAACCGGAUGGGGGACAGCAACUUUGAGAAGCAGCUCGUCUUGAAUGCCAACCAAAACAUCGGAAGGAAGAAGUAACCAAAGUUGCAGCCAGAGGCAGCGGCAGACGAAGCAGACUGCUGAGGGAGGACUGGAGGACCUGGACGAAGACGGGCUGGACAAACAGGCUUGACCCUACAAUUAUGGACAUAUUAUAUACAUUUUACAUUUACAUACUUUUACAUACAUUACGCCUUUUGUAAGAAGCUUUUCCUUAAUUUUGCACUUAAAGUGGAAAUGUUGGAUACCCAUUGCAAAAGCAUGGCAGCUACUUUUGAGUAUUGAAGUAUUAUGUCAAUUUUCUGUUCUUCUAUACCUCACUUAAUUACUUAAUUUUGCACAUUUUAACGAAAUUUAUAUUUUUACACAAUGGCAGCUUUUUUGGUUUGGAACUCUAGACACUUUAUUUUAUAACUUAAGACUAUAAGUUACUACCUUAAUCUAGCGAGCCUUACCUUUUUUGUUAAUUUUGCACUAUUUCCACUUUGAGCUUUAAGCUGAGUGAGUUGUAAAUUUUUAAAAAAUGUUCAUGUUCAAUUGUUUUGCACUUUAAGUGGAAGUGAUAACUUUUGGAUACCCAUGGCAAAAGUAUGGCAGCUACUUUGAGGAUUGAAGUAUUUUGUCAAUUUUAUGUUCUUACAUACCUUACUUAAUUACUUAAUGUUGCACAUUUUCAAGAAAUGUCUAUUUUUUACACAGACAAUGGCAGCUAUAGCUACUACCUAAAUCGAGCCUUACCUUUUUUGUUAAUUUUGCACUAUUUCAAUUUUGAGCCAAGUCUGAGUGAGCUGUAAAUUGUGAAAAAUGUUCAAAUGUUUUGCACUGUAAUUAUGGGGACAAUAAACAAUUUGCACUUUCA